AUGAAAAUUACAUAAGGAUUUUUUAAUUCAUUGAAGGAAUGUGUUUUGGUAAUAAAUUAUAUUAUCCAAAACAUUGUUGUUAUUCUGAUAUAAAAAAUAGUAUGGUAAAAGGACCUUCAUGAAUAGAUAAUUAGCCAAAGUUUAGAGUAAAAGAGAAAGAGAAUUCAAUUCAAGUAUUUGCUCCUUUGGUUGUACCUAAAAGAUAGUUCCAUAAUAUCAUUUCAGAGAUUAUAAGGAUUAAAGAAAAGUAGAAAUUUAUGGAGUUGGAGCAGCUGCAUUUGCAUGUUUGACAACAUUAAAAGAAUUCGGUUAUUCUGGAGAGAUAUUUUAGAUAACAAAUGA